UGACGAUGGUCUGCUGUUUGCUUUCUGUUCCAACGUCAACAUCAAAACCAAGAUCCCCCUCGGAGCUAUGUACAUAUUUUCUGCCCUUUCAGCCCUGAUGACUUUGACUUUGGAUAUAAACACUUUGGUGGAAGUCAUGUCCAUAGGCACUCUCUUCGCUUACCUUGUAGUCAGCGCGUCUGUCAUCGUCCUCAGGUACAGACCACCUUCUUCUGUCAAUGCCCUAGGCAGCCAGGAACUGUCUUCCAUCGGCGAGGGCAGCAUAGACAAGUCCCCAGUCGAAGACGCGGCCGGCCAACUAUAUGAAACAUUCCAUAUGCUGAAGCCCUACCUGAACGCCCCUCCCGGUCGGCUGGUCACACUGUGUGUCCUCCUCUUCGGAGUCUUCACCUUUCUGGUGUGUGGGUUCGUCAAGGGCUGUUACUCCAGCCUGGAGGAAGGUUCUUGGUGGGCCAUCGUGAUACUGCUGAUAUUUUUGACGUGUGACGUCAUGAGCUUACUUCUGAUUGUGAUACAUCAGCAAUCCACGGCGCCCCUGCGCUAUAAGGUCCCACUGGUGCCAUUUUUGCCCGCUCUCAGCAUCGUCGUAAAUGCAGUGCUCAUUGUGAACCUGAAAGCUGCAACAUGGUUAAGGUUACUCGUCUGGGUAGCCAUCGGCCUUUCCAUGUACUUUUUCUAUGGCGUGGGUCACAGCAAGCUAGAUGCGACCUCUUCGAAGUCUACCUUGUUGAAAGUAGGAUCGCCAGGGCCAACCAGCUGGGGAUCUGUAGAGAGAGAAUCAUCGUUUGAUUCCAUUACGGCCACCAAACUGCCAGAGAAGACAAAAUCACAAGUAGCAGCUUCCAUGUCAAGAGAGUUUCUUGUCGACAAUGCUGAUAUUUCUCCAUGAAAAGAAACAAUAAUUUCACAGCGGUUUCACAAAAAAUUAAGCAGUUACACAAGCUUAAUGUAAAAGCCACGAGAUGGCAGAAAACAAAGAUUUCUAUUCCUGAUUUUGCUGAGAGAACAUUGUGAUUUGUAACUCUUCCGCAACAAAAAAAAAAAAUAGUCGUUUGUAUCAAAUUAUAUUAUUACAGCUGCAUAGAAAAGAAUGUGUAACUCACAAGCUAUUUUUCAAAAUGACAUAUUAAAAAAAAACAUCGAACGCAGUUACUAUUGAUAAUCCCCACCGAUAUUUGUGCAUUUUGUAUUUUGUAUCCAUUCAUCAAAAUUUUGUUCGCAAACAAAGGAUUCAGUUCUUCCGUAAACUAUCCUUGUAUCUCUAUAGAACCUCUCACAAUUAAAACGCUGCUUUCUACUUUUAUCUUUGAAAGCAAGAUAUUCUGGCAGGACCAACGAGAGGCCAUCUCAACCUAGUCGGAAAUUAGGGGUCCGGCCAGGGCCGACGAGAGGCCAUGGCAGCUCGGUCGGAAGCUAGGGGCCCGUCCCUUGAGGGGUCCCUGCAUGGAAUCGGAGUAAUAUAAAUUUGGCAAGUUUUAAGAGUGAAGGGCCGUUCGGAGACAAAACGGAGGGGCCCACCUUCUCGGCGGCCCUGCUCAGAAUUGGAGUAGCGCAAAUUUUGUGGGGAGAGUUGAGCUGGGUAACCAAACUGACAAGAGCCUGCCUUGGCUCUCAGUUGCCCUGUAUUCUAGUGAAAUAAAAUGAACUUUUAGUAAACAUCAAAGGGGAGAAUUUUUUGCAAAUUGAUACUGUGUGAACGAUACAAUAGCUGAAAGAAAAGGAAAAAUCUCAUCUUAAUUCUUGAAUUUUUCGUACAGCAAACUGAGCAGCUGUCUGCCAUAAUUGCCAUCCAUGAAUCUUUGCAAGAAGCCUCGGCAGAAUAACUUGGCCCACAAAGGGAAAAAAAAUCUUUCAAUAUUGGUAACUACAUUUAUUCUGAAUUGAAUUCACAUUACUCACUAAGAUUUAAAAUUAUUGCUGAAAAAAUGGUAUAAAAUGGCUCUAAUAACAGGAUGUCUGAACUUGGACGAGUUCUUUUAUGUUUGGAGAAAAAGAGGAUUUUUUUUUUUUUUUUUUUUUGGCACAAUGCCUGUAACUAUGGCAAUACGUUAUAAACAAAAGCAAUUGUUUAAUCCAUCUUUCAUCGGAAUUCCAGUUAUCAGAGUUUGACUGUAUGCUACUCGCAGAUAACUUUGAAAAUCAAUAAAUGUAUGUGAGCUGGUUUAUAACUUGUCAACUGCUUUCUCUAGUACAUUUAGCAUUUAAUGAAAAAUGGGAACUCAAAGUCGAAGUGAUAUAAAUACUAGAAUUUUCGACAGGAAACACCUGAAUUUCAAGAAACUGGACUUCCUUCGAAAUCAUUGUUUUUCAUGCACAAAUAUAUUUCCAUGUUGCUAAACUGUGUGUGUAAAACUAUAUCAAUUUUAAUGCCCAUUCUGUUGAUCAUUUGUGUGAUAAAACAAACUGAUUAAAAUCACCUGUAAUAGAUCCAUUUAUUUCUAACAUCGUUGUCAAAUGCCAAGCUCUAAAAUUUCGAAAAAGCAUUUUUACAUAAAACACACCGCCAGCUCGGUUAUUUCACCCGAGGACUGCAGUUUCAUGCUUUUAGCACUCAUCAGCCCGGAAUAGGAAGUAACUGAGCUGGAGGCUCAGUUGAACCGCACCGUUGUUGCAGUCACUCGUCUGGUGUGCUAAUUCUACAUUAGCUACCAGUCUGUUUAGCUUUCUUGGCUCUUUCAAGAAGUUUUCUGCUCCCAGCUCAGUUACUUCCUAUUUCGAGCUGAUGAGUGCUAAAAAGCACGAAACUGCAGUUCUCGGAUGGAAUGACUGAGCUGGCGAUGUAUUUUAUGUA